AUGAAUACGCCGAACCCCAACAUGGCCUCCGAGUCUACGACAUCGGCGGCGCGAAAGGCCGUUGUGGUCGGCGCAGGUCCUGUAGGCUGUCUGUCUGCAAUUGCGCUGGCUAAAAUGGGUUGGAAUGUCGAGAUCUACGAAGGCAGGCCUGACAUGCGCCUCCCGUCCUCGAAGGCUGAGGCCCAGCUACGUUCUAUCAAUCUGGCUAUGUCCGCACGGGGAAUUGCGGCAACAAAAGUGAUUAGUCCUGCAGCCGCCGACCGCUUCCUCAAGGCCGUCGUUCCCAUGCAUGCUAGAAUGAUCCACUACGUAACUGGCCAACAAGAAAGCCAGCCAUAUGAUAGGUACGGCGAGUGUAUCAAUUCAAUUGACCGCUCGUACAUGAACGAGUGUCUCCUGGAAGAUGCCAUCGCUAUUCCCAAUGUCCGUGUGCUCUUCAACCACAAGGUCGUGUCCAUAGAUUUCGACAGCCGGAAAAUGGUGGUGCAAGACGCAGCUUCAGGGCAGAAUACCAGGGUUUCAUUUAGCUUAUGUGUAGGCGCAGACGGGAGCUACUCGAUUGUUCGGCGUCAGCUGAUGAGGGUGGUCCGCAUGAAUUAUCAGCAGGAAUAUAUUCCGCACGAAUACCUGGAGCUCAGAAUGCCUGCAGGGCCAGCGGACAUCACCGGGGAGCCCACUUUCCUGCUUGACCCCAAUCAUUUACACAUCUGGCCGCGCCAUACCUUCAUGCUCGUCGCUCUACCCAAUCAGGAUAAAACGUUCACCUGCACUGUAUUUGCGCCAACCGCAGAAUUCGAUCGUCUGGAUACGCCGGAAGUGAUCAUCAAGUGGUUCAAGACAUACUUCUCCGAUGCAUUGCACCUGAUAGGUGAAGAUGCGCUGUUACACGAUUUUCACAGAAACCCGCGGAGCCCGCUCAUGGUAGUUAAGGCGACGCCAUACCACUUCAAGGACCGUGCUAUUAUCCUCGGAGAUGCGGCGCAUGCCAUGGUUCCGUUCUACGGUCAAGGCCUCAAUUGUGGACUCGAGGAUGUCCGCGUGUUGGAUAUUCUUCUCCGGAGCGAGAGAGUGGACCCUGAUUACCAAGUACCGGAAGGAACAGAAGAUGUCCAACUAGCUAAUGCUCUGAGAAAAUACACCGAAAGUCGGCACGAAGACCUCGUUGCCAUCUGUGACCUCGCGAUGGCCAAUUACGUGGAGAUGCGGCACGAUGUCAUAACCCCUGCGUACCUCUUCCGCAAAGCGCUCGACAAUGUCCUUUACGCUAUAUCUUCAACGCACGUUACGCUCAAUUCUCUUAUUCCCGUUCUCUCUCGCGUACCGUUUUCUCCGAAUCCUUCUACUGGCUGGCUACCGCAAUACACCAUGGUCACCUUCCGGCCUGACAUCAGCUACUCCACCGUCAAACGUCUGGCUUCCAAGCAGAAGCGAAUCCUGGAGUAUACGGGUUGGGCGAGUGCUGCAGUGGGUGUAGGGUUGGCUAGUAUCACGUGUGUGACGGGUUUGCGUCGGUUCUGGAAUCGAGGGUAA